AGAUUUUGUGCCCAUUAAGAAAUCCAGGCCAGCCUAUUCACAAAGAAAAAACCUUCAGCUCCAGUUGAUGGGAUUAAAAUUUGCCUUCCCCCACCCAAAUUCUAAGGACAGGAUUUUUAAGGACCUUUUAGGAUACAAUGGAUGGAAACUGAUCAAAGAGAGAUUCGAGGAAUCGAAAAGGACCUGCUGCCAUGGAAUCUCUGAAAACAUCUUCCAAAUACCUUGAUGGAGAUUGGACAAGUGUGCGUUUCCACCUCCUGUCGCUAGAUGGCGGUCAGGCAACAUCUGUGCCUAGAAAGCCAUCUACACCAUCCUUGCGUUUAAAAAAGGAGUUUUAAACCAUUGCUAGAAAGGAUAGGAGGAGAGAAGCGCAGAGGAACUUCCUCUUCCGGAUGACUCAUGGGAGGAAGGAGGUGUGCUGGGCGGCUCUUCCAAGUUUGAAGUUUAAUAACAUUUGUAUGCUGCCCAAUCCAGAGUCGAAGGAUCGAACCAGCAGCUGGAAGACAAAGAGGAUGGCAAUAUGAGCAUGCUGAACAAUUGAGGAAAACAAGCAACAUUGAAAAAGAAAACAAAUCAGUCCAGAAAUCAAAAUGUUUUCCACUUCCUCCAGAAAAACACACAAUUCUUCACCUUCCGGACAAAGAAGAUAGCAAUAGGAGCAUUCUGGACACUGAGGAUAACAAGCAACAUUGAAAAGGAAAACAAAUCAGUCUAGAUAUCAAAGUGUUUUCCAUUUCCUUCAGAGAGCCACACAAUUCUCCAACUUCCUCCGCAGGUGAGAGAGAAACGAGAGAAAAUCUAGAAGAGAUUUCUAGCUGGGAAACGGAGAGUGUGAAUUCAAGCAUAUAUUACAUGAAUGGUCAAGGGAGAUUAUUUUUCCAUUCAGCAAAAGAGGGAAAUAUCUGGAAGUUACUGGGGAGGAAAAGGACAAUUGGAAAACCACGUAGAGCAGACAGUGUGACAAGCAUUGCUCUGGGAGGAAGAAAACGGCUUGAAACAAAACACCACCAAACAAGGGACCAUCCAUAUUUUUAAUGUCUUCGGGAAUAUGAGUUGUGGAAAAGCUCCUUAGACGUGCCAGUUGUGUGAAAGAUACAACUUGCAAAUCAUAGUUGAUUAUGCAUGAGAGGAUCCAGACUGGAGAAAAGCCAUACGAAUACUCUGAAUGUAGCAAAACCUUUGGUCACAACAACUCCGUUUUGUUUCAUGGAAGGACCCACACAGGACAGAAGCCCUAAAAGUGCUCCCAAUGCGAUAAAUGCUUUAGCAAGUAUGGCAACGUGGACUCACACCAAGGAGAAAUUGUUUGAAUGUCCUGAAUGUGGGAAAUGUUUCUGUGAUAAAUCCAGCCUGGUUACACACCAGAGAACUCACGCAGGAGAGAAACACUUUGAGUGUCCUGAUUGUGGGAAAAGUUUCAGUCAAAAUUCUCAUCUCGUUUUACACCAGAGCACUCACACAGGAGAGAAACCCUUUCAAUGUCCUGAUUGUGGGAAAAGUUUCAGUACUAAUUCCAACCUGGUGACACACCAAAGGACUCACACAGGAGAGAAACCCUUUCAAUGUCCUGAUUGUGGGAAAAGUUUCAGUACUAGUUCCAACCUGGUGACACACCAAAGGACUCACACAGGAGAGAAACCCUUUGAGUGUCGUGAUUGUGGUAAAAGUUUUAGUCACAAUUCCAGCUUGGUGAUACACCAGAGGACUCAUACAGGAGAAAAGCCCUUUAAAUGUCCUGAUUGUGGGAAAAGCUUCAGUAACAAUUCUAACCUGGUGAUACACAGGAGGAGUCACACAGGAGAGAAACCCUUUGAAUGUCCUGAUUGUGGGAAAAGCUUCAGUAACAAUUGUAACCUGGUGAUACACAGGAGGAGUCACACAGGCGAGAAACCCUUUGAGUGUCCUGAUUGUGGGAAAAGUUUCAGUCGAAAUUCUCAUCUCGUUUUACACCAGAGCACUCAUACAGGAGAGAAACCCUUUCAAUGUCCUGAUUGUGGGAAAAGUUUUAGUCAGCUUUCCAACCUGGUGAAACACCAAGGGACUCACACAACAGAGAAACCCUUUCAAUGUCCUGAUUGUGGAAAAAGUUUUAGUCAAAAUUUCAGCCUGGUGACACACCAGAGGACUCACACAGGAGAGAAACCCUUUGAAUGUUCUGAUUGUGGUAAAGGUUUUAGUCACAAUUCCAGCCUGGUGAAACACCAGAGGACUCACAAAGGAGAGAAACCCUUUCAAUGUCCUUAUUGUGGUAAAAGAUUUAGUCAGAAUUCCAACCUGUUGGCACACCAAAGGACUCACACAGGAGAGAAACCCUUUCAAUGUCCUGAUUGUGGUAAAAGAUUUAGUCAAAAUUUCAGCCUGGUGACACACCAGAGGACUCACACAGGAGAGAAACCCUUUGAAUGUUCUGAUUGUGGUAAAGGUUUUAGUCACAAUUCCAGCCUGGUGAAACACCAGAGGACUCACAAAGGAGAGAAACCCUUUCAAUGUCCUUAUUGUGGUAAAAGAUUUAGUCAGAAUUCCCACCUGUUGGCACACCAAAGGACUCACACAGGAGAGAAACCCUUUCAAUGUCCUGAUUGUGGUAAAAGAUUUAGUCAGAAUUCCAACCUGUUGGCACACCAAAGGACUCACACAGGAGAGAAACCCUUUGAAUGUCCUGAUCGUGGUAAAGGUUUUAGUCACAAUUCCCACCUGUUGGCACACCAGAGAACUCACACAGGGGAGAAACCCUUUGAGUGUCCUGAUUGUGGUAAAGGUUUUAGUCACAAUUCCAGGCUGGUGAUACACCAAAGGACUCACACAGGGGAGAAACCCUUUGAGUGUCCUGAUUGUGGUAAAAGUUUUAGUCACAAUUCCAACCUGGUGAAACACCAGAGAACUCACACAGGAGAAAAACCCUUUGAAUGUUCUGAUUGCGGAAAAAGUUUCAGUCAGAGUUCCAGCCUGGUGACACACCAGAGAACUCACACAGGAGAGAAACCAUUUGAGUGUCCAGACUGUGGGAAAGAUUUCAGUAUUAGGACUACCCUUCUAAAUCAUAUGCUUAUACACACAGGGGAGAAACCAUUUGAGUGUGCCGAAUGUGGAUGGUGCUUCAGGAGAAAUUCCACCCUUAUUGCACACAAGAAAAUUCACAUGAGGCCCCAAGUGAUGAGUGUAGAAAAGAUUUGAAUUUCAUUUCUAAAGUCCCUCUGUAAAUCCAACUGAGAAAUUGACUAUUUAAUUUGAGUACAAAGAAUUUGCCUAAUUUUUUAUAGGCAAAUAUGUAAUGGCAUUAAACUGGAAGGAGGAAGGAAAAAAUGGCAACAUAUUAGUGUGAUAAUGCCUACCUGGUCAUUAGCAGCAGAACUUGCUGGAUAUGGGUAGUUCUUGGGUUACGAAUGUAGUGGAUCCUACCCAUUCCAUCCGAAACUUGAGAAGUUAUGGGAGUGAAUCUCUUACAUUGAACGACAUCACUCCCUGCUUUCGCCCACACGGUCAUUGCUUUCUUGCUCCAGAUCAGCUUGACAAGGCAUCUGGCGCCAAUAAAGCAGCCCUGAGAGGCUGUGCGCGACUUCUUAGGGUUGCUUUCUCAUUGGCAAAUCACUUGAGGAUUGCGUUCCUGUAGGCUUUGGCAGCCCUUUGCAAAAAGCCUUUGCCUGUAGGAACAGGUACUUCGUAGGGACACACCCCACUCCUCCCAAGCUCAGUUGGUGGCAACAAAGGCAGUUUGCAAAGGGCUGCUGAGGCCCUUUGGGAAUGCAAUCUCCCAGCAGGCCUUGGCAAGGAAACGGCAAAUGGAGGGAAGGCCUGAAAGACUGAAGUCUUCCCUCCAUUUGCAAACGUCCAUGCCUCAAUUCACAGAGAAUAGAUCCCUAAAGUGUGAGAUUACUCAAGACUACUGACCUUGUGUGAUCUCGCGGUACGUUAGGCCUCUGUCCUCUGAAUGCAGGCAAAUAAAGCACAACAGAGAGAUCUUUGCAAGGUAAGUCACUCUCCACAGGCAAAAUGCCUGUGAAGACUCAGCUGGGGUUGGGAGAAUAGGGGUGAAUAUAACAGAGCCUCUGCGGUCGUUCGUAAGGAUGAACAACAGUCGUGGUGCUCCAGUAUUCAUAAUUUCGGGAUUUGUUUGUAAAUGCUGGGGGGAAGGGGGGGCUUAUCGUGUAACUUUGAACAUUUGCUAAGAGAACACUUGUAACCCAAGGAUUACCUAUAUUUAUUUUUGUAGAAAUUGUAAAAAUCUUUUUGGAGUGGUUGCUGCCAAGGAUUUAGGAUCAAAGAGUUUCAGUGGGUGAGAGAUUAAAGGAAGCCAACUUCAUUGGUGCUGGCCAGAGAUGCUUCCAAGAACACCCAUGCUAAAUGUCUUGUGCGUCUGUAACUUUGCAUACACAGAAGUUUUCAUUAGGUCAAAGAGGGAAAAUCACAGAACCAGCAGGUCUUGAAAAGCGGGGCUUGGGAAGAGGGGAUGACUGUCUAUAUAUGCUGAGAGAAAUGUUUCCAAAAGGCAUUUCAAAAGGUUGGAAGAAAGAUUGGUAAUACAGAUGUGC